AUGAGUAGAUCAAUGAGAAAAGGAAACACACCUGCACUCAAUAGUUAAAUCAGACCAUUCUCACCAAAUCUUACUUUUAAAACUGAUUCUUUAGAAAAUCAAGUUCUAUAACCUUGUUAAGAAAAAGCAGAAGUUUAAUAUUUGCGUUAUGAAAUCUAAUAAGAAAGAUAAAGAUCUUCUUAAUUAGAAAUGUAGUUGUAAUGCGAAAUCAAUUAAAGAGGUAACCUAUAAUAAUAAUAGAUUAAUAGUUCAAAAUGAAUAACUAUUUACUAAUGAUAUCAACAUUUUAAGGUAAUAAAAUGAAGAUUAUAAAUUGAGAAUAUAAGAACUUGAAAUUAAAUUUAGAGAAAAUAGCAUUUAUUAUUAGAAUCUUUUAAAAGAGUCAAAUGAUAAAGUUGUUACAAUGAGUAUAGAAAUUGAAAGACUUCAUAAUUAUUAAUUAAAUAGAUGCAAUGAUAAUGAAUAGAUUUUAAGAUAGAAUGAUUAAUAAUAAUUAGCUUAAGAACUAAUAGCAAUAUAGAAAUUGGUUGAAGAUUUACGAAAUGAAUUAAUAACAAAAUAAAAAAAUAUUUAUUAUUUAUAAGAAUAAUUAUAGAUGACUUAAUAAACAUAAAGAGAUAAUAUUGGUUCUACUAGUAAACUUAGAGAAUAAGAAAAAAAUAUAGAUUAAUUAGUAAGCUAAAUUAAUGUUCUUACAUAAAUAUUAGAGUAUUAUUAUUCUUAUUUUUAGAGACAAAGAUAAUUCAUUAUAAUAAUAAAGUAAACAAGUUGAGAAUAUAUAUAAUGAAUUAUAAUUGAUAACUUAAUUUAAUAGAUAAUUAAAUGAAGAAAAUCGAAAUUAAAAAUAAGCUUUAGAACAAGCUUACAAAGAAAUUGAAAGAUUAAAUAGAAUUAUUAUGAUCAAAAAUUAAGAAUUAUAAGACUCAUAUCAUAAUGAAAACUUAGAUUGGAGAAGAAAUUUCUAAGAUUUAAAUGAAAAGUAUCAUAAAGCUCAAGAAUAAUUAUGUUUCGCAUAAGCUGAACUCGAAGCAUGUCGUGCUGCUCAAAGAAUGACUUACUUAUAAUAAGAAAAAUGA